AUGGACAAGAAAGAUAUUGAGAUUGAGCACCUCGAGAACGAUGCUGUCGCUUUCCAGCCACGCGAAGAUGAGCGGCCCUGGUACAAGCAACCCGAGCUGCGGAAGCUGUACUUGAUGAUGCCGUUUCUGUUCCUCGGCUCGACGACCCUGGGCUACGACGGCAGUCUGCUCAACGGACUGCAGACAAUGCCCGCGUGGCAAGCAUGCUUCGCUGUCUUGUUGUUCACCCCCUACAUCGCCGAUAUCCUCGGCCGCCGCAUGGGCACCGCGAUUGGCUGCGUGCUCGUCAUCGUCGGCUCCAUCAUCCAGGCCUUCCCACAAGCCGGCAACCCAGACGCCAUGUUCCUUGCCGGCAGGUUCAUCAUGGGCAUGGGCAGCAACGUCUCGAACGCGACGUGUCCGCUGCUCAUCACUGAGGUAUCUCACCCGCGCCACCGCGGCCGAGUAACGACCAUCUAUAACACGCUGUGGUACCUCGGCUCUAUCAUCGCCGCGUGGACAACAUACGGCACCCUCACCCACAUCACCUCAGACCUGUCCUGGAGACUGCCGAUCGGACUGCAGUGUGCCAUGCCCGGUAUCCAGCUGAUCUUCGUGUACCUGCUCCCUGAGAGCCCGCGCUGGUUGAUCAGCAAGGACAAGCACGAGGCGGCGAAGAAGGUUCUUACCAAGUACCACGGCAACGGCGAGGACAGCGACUUUGUCAACUGGGAGUUCAACGAGAUCAGCCAGACGCUGAAGGCGGAGAAGGCCGCGAGUGCUUCCAGCGGCUGGUACGAGCUCGUCCGGACGCCGGGAAACAGGAAGAGAUGUCUCCUCAUCAUCCUGACCGCCAUCUUCUCGCAGUGCUCCGGAAACGGCCUCGUCAGCUACUACCUCGCCGCCGUGCUGCAGACCAUCGGCUUCACCAACGGCUCCGACCAGGCCCUGAUCAACGGCGGCCUGACAAUCUGGUGCUUCAUCGUCUCCCUCGGCUGCGCGUUCCUCGUCGACCGCAUCGGCCGCCGCACGCUCUUCCUCAGCGCCGGCGUCGGCAUGCUCAUCGCAUUCAGCAUCUGGACGGCGUGCAGUGCCCUGUACGCGCAGACGGGCAACUCGAGCGCGGGCUCUGCCGUGCUGGCGAUGAUCUUCCUCUUCUACGGCGCGGCGGGUAUCGCGUGGCCGGGGCUGACUGUCUCGUACACGGUCGAGAUCCUGCCCUUCAACAUCCGCGCCAAGGGCCUCACGCUCUGCUUCGUGUUCACGUCGCUCUCAGGCAUUUUCAACCAGUACGUGAACCCGAUCGGCAUUGAGGCGCUGGGAUGGAAGUUCUACCUCGUGUAUGUGGUGGUGCUGGUGCUGGAGUGUCUGGCGAUCUACUUCCUGUUUGUGGAGACCAGGGGUCCGACACUCGAGGAAAUUGCCAUUCUCUUCGACGGCGACAACGCGAAUGUGGCCGGUGCGAAUGUGGUUCUUGGUGCAGAUGGCCAGUUGAAGCCCGCAAAGGAGGGUGAUUGCUAG